AUGAUAGAGCAAUGGCUCUCGUCAUCAGAUGGCAAAUGGAAAAGCAUGAUCAAGGAUACCAGUACUUUGGCACUAAAUGUCAUUUCUUCAGUCGCUUUCGAGAACACCGAAGUCAACAAACCAACACCGGGUCACGCAUUGUCACUCCGCGACACGCUGGUGACAGUCAUGAGUACCUCGAUCUCUCCAACUAUGGAGGGUAUUCUGCCCUUCUUACAGUUUCCAAUACUCCAGUCGCUACUGCCGAGCGAUGUCAAAGAUCUUUUACAAGCUAUGAACGAGUUCCGACAAUACAUGAAUGAAAUCAUAGUAACAGAGCGAGAAGCGAUGACGAGCGGGCAGACUAGAGUAUCUGCUCUUAUCAGCACACUUGUUGAAGCUAGUGGCCAAGUCAAGACUGAAAGUAGAGCGUCAAAAGCCAGACUCUCAGAUACUGAGCUUAGAGGCAAUAUCUUCGUCUUCUUGGUCGGUGGUCUGGAGUCUACGUCCAUCACUCUUUCGUAUGCGAUAGCUUUACUGGCUGUGCAUCCUGAUAUCCAGGACUGGGUGGUGGAAGAGUUGGACGAAGUACUGAGUGACAAUGUAAAUAGUGAGAUGGAGUAUGUCAGAGUGUUUCCGCGGUUGAAGAGGGUCAUGGCUGUCAUGGUACGUCUUGAUUUGUUGGUCGCUCUUGCUAUUCCAAACCCUCCACGUAUAGUUGAAUGCUAA